CCGGCCUCAUUCUGUCGCGUGCGUUCGGUCGGAUUGGACGUGUUUCGACAAUUUUCGUGCUACCAUGGCUCGCACCAAGCAAACUGCCCGCAAGUCCACCGGAGGGAAAGCGCCUCGUAAGCAGCUGGCCACCAAGGCCGCCCGCAAGAGCGCCCCCGCCACCGGAGGCGUCAAGAAGCCCCAUCGUUAUCGGCCGGGAACGGUCGCUCUGCGUGAGAUCCGCCGGUACCAGAAGUCGACGGAGCUGCUGAUCCGCAAGCUCCCAUUCCAGCGUCUGGUCCGUGAAAUCGCCCAGGACUUCAAGACCGACCUGCGCUUCCAGAGCUCGGCCGUCAUGGCCCUGCAGGAGGCGAGCGAGGCCUACCUGGUCGGCCUGUUCGAGGAUACCAACCUGUGCGCUAUCCACGCCAAGCGAGUCACUAUCAUGCCCAAGGAUAUCCAGCUGGCUCGACGCAUCCGGGGCGAGCGCGCCUAAAUUGGAGGACGCGCCAGCAAGUUCUCGUCCCCUUUUACAAACGGCCCUUU